AUGAGCGCUCCUUCUGCCCUAAAAGGGCCGUCGGUACUUGUCCAAGCGACAAAAGAAGGAGAGAAUCCUGCUUCAAUGAGAGCACAUGCCGUCAAGCGAGCGAGACUAAGGCUGGGAAAUGCGGAGGGCCAGGCACACACAGAAUCCGAGUUGGUCACAAUUAAUACGCUCCUUGAGCACGUCUCACCCCAACUCAGAGGACGAGCUUCAGAUUUAGUGAGUAUCCUUUCUUCGGUCACCGCCAAGUCUGAUCAUGCUGACCCUUGUGGCAGCUUUCUUCCCCAUGUAGCAGGCGACGCGGAGGGCCAGGGUUUGGUUGGUGAUGCUGCUUUGUGCAGAGACCUCGAAGAGAAGCUCCACCUAGAGCCCUUCUUCUUGACACAUCAGGCAUGGAAUUCAAACGGCUUCUUUAUCGAUCAACAAGUGUGUCGAUCUCAAAGCCAGGAUAUUAACAGCUAUGCAACGCGCUUUUUAAUCAAGUUCCUGGAACCAGAUGAAGAUGCGAUGGUGCAAUACAACCGCUGGUUGUUUUUAUCCUUUUCUGUCUUAUGGGUCAGAAAUCACCAUACCAAGAAAGUGUCUUGCGUCCUUGUUUGCUAUGAUGGGUCAGAGGAAAUAGAAAGCGAGAUCAUAAAAGGUUUCAGGCAACACCCUCUGGCGAACAUCAAAGACAACCCUUACGCAGUUUAUGACGCUCUACUGCGUGUCAUCAUCUGGCAGUAUAACAAAGCACUCUGGCUGUUUCGGGAGCCGAUUCGCACCAUUGAAAAGGCAAGUAGCACUCGUGUCCGGGAUGUGCAACGCACCAUGGCACUGCAGCCCUCAGCUGCCGGCGGAAAUGUCACGAAUGUGGGAGAUGGCCACCAGGAAUUGUUCGAACUUUCGCGUCACACACUGCAUAUGUGCGAAACUCUCGAGGUAGCGAUGAGAACAACCACUAUGGCCCUGCUUCAGGUUCAGUCACAAGUUCACUCAGCAGAACCCGCAACGGCAUCUUCAAUGCGUCUGACUAAUACUCUUUCUGGCAUACGAUUUUCCUCCAGCUUCCUAGAGAAUCUGAAGAACAGAGCCGAUGUCUUUUCUAAAAGAGUUGAAAAUGAGAUCAAGCUGGCAGACAACAUGGUCAACGUCUUGCAAUUGAAGAUCAAUCAGGAACUUCUUGAAGAAUCUCGCGAUGAAUCCAAGGACCUGACAAAUUUCGUCACUAACCUCACACUCUUUUUCCUUCCAAUCACCUUCGUAUCUGGUUUCUGGGGAAUGAACAUGAUUGGAAUGGGUGACGAUAGGCUUAUAUUUUUCUCCCCCCAUAUCUGGAUAUUUGUUGUGUCAGCUGGGAUUUCAGUCGUGUUGUCCUAUGCGGCUUGGUACUUGGUCCUCAAGUUUACCAAAGCUGGAAAAAAGUGA